AUGGCAGAUGAAUAUGUCCCUUUAGCAUCUCUUUCACUGACACAUGUCCAUUAUAACCCAGAAGACCCUAUCUCAUACCUAUGCGCUUUUCUGGCACUUGUUCCGCAGGCAUUAAUUAUCUCUUAUAUAUCACUCUGCUGGGCAACACGUGAAGUAGAGAUUAUCUUUAUGCUUGCUGGGCAGUUAUCAUGCGAAGUUCUAAAUUUUGGAUUAAAGCGGUUAAUCAAACAAGAGAGGCCAUACCAAAUGAAUGGGAAAGGCUACGGGAUGCCUUCAUCUCACUCCCAGUUUAUGGGGUACUUUGCUGUAUUCUUCACCCUAUUUCUCCUUUUCCGACAUGCUCCCUCCUCGUCGAUUCUGUCUGGGUAUAUAAGCGCCCUUGAGCGUGUUGGUUUGGCCUCGCUAGCCUGUGUAGGGGCUACGAUGGUUGCAAUGAGCCGGAUCUAUUUAAACUACCACACCCCUGAACAGGUGCUGGCUGGAAGCGUCAUUGGAAUUGCAUAUGGGGUUGUCUGGUUUGAAAUUGGGGGUUACCUACGCAAGAGUGGUUGGCUCGAAUGGGUUUUGGACUUGGAACCUGUCAGAUACUUCCGAAUUCGAGAUCUUCUCCCUCGAGAAGACCUGACCGAGAGCGGUUGGCAACGUUGGGAAACUAUAAGGAAGUCUUCACAAAAAUCUAAAACCGUCGCUGAAAUAGGGUCUGAUGAUAACACUAUAAAAGUAAAUAGCAAAAGAUCCCAUGUUGAAUGA